GGGAGGGGACGAGCCGGAGGAGGAGGAAGUGGAGGCGGCUGCAAGUAGCGGGCAAAUGGGGAGCUGAGCGGCUGCAGCAGCUCCGCGCAGCAGCGGCGGCAGCGGGCGGGCACGGAGGCGAGCCGGCGGCGGGCCGUUGCUUCGCAGGCUGCGAGUGCGAGCGGUAGCCGGGCAGUCCCCGCCGCGCCGGGCUGAUCCCCCUCCUGGCGGGGCGGCCGCCGCCUCUGCGGGUCGGCAGCAUGCAGACCUUCCUUAAAGGGAAGCGGGUGGGCUACUGGCUGAGCGAGAAGAAGAUCAGGAAGCUGAACUUCCAGGCCUUCGCCGAGCUGUGCCGGAAAAGAGGAGUAGAAGUAAUACAGCUCGACCUCACCAAACCCAUUGAAGAUCAGGGUCCUUUGGAUGUGAUCAUACAUAAACUGACAGAUGUCAUCCUUGAAGCAGACCAGAAUGACAGCCAGUCAUUGGAGUUGGUUCACAGGUUCCAGGAGUAUAUUGAUGCUCAUCCAGAAACCAUUAUCCUGGACCCUCUUCCAGCUAUUCGUACACUUCUGGACCGAUCCAAGUCUUACGAGCUAAUUCGGCAAAUAGAGGCGUACAUGCAAGAUGAGAGGAUCUGUUCACCACCCUUUAUGGAGCUGACAAGUGCCUGUGGAGAAGAUACUUUGCAGCUUAUAGAGAAGAAUGGACUGGCAUUCCCAUUCAUCUGUAAAACCAGAGUGGCCCAUGGAACCAACUCUCACGAGAUGGCAAUCAUCUUCAACCAAGAGGGCCUGAAAGCAGUCCGCCCCCCAUGCGUCAUUCAGAGCUUCAUCAAUCACAAUGCUGUGCUGUACAAAGUCUUCGUGGUUGGGGAAUCCUACACAGUGGUGAAAAGACCAUCUUUAAAGAACUUCUCUGCGGGUAUCUCAGACAGAGAAUCAAUAUUUUUCAACAGCCACAAUGUUUCAAAGCCAGAAUCCUCAUCUGUCCUAACAGCACUGGAUAAAAUCGAAGGAGUAUAUGAGCGGCCAAAUGACGACGUCAUCCGGGAAAUCUCUAAGGCUCUGCGGCAAGCUCUAGGAGUUUCCCUCUUUGGAAUUGAUAUCAUCAUUAACAAUCAGACUGGGCAGCAUGCAGUCAUUGAUAUAAAUGCAUUCCCAGGUUACGAGGGUGUUUCGGAAUUUUUCACAGAUCUCCUGAACCACAUAGCUGCUGUCCUACAGGGUCAGGCACCUGAGGUGACUCAGCUAAACCGCAGCAAGCUCCUGGCAGAGCAGACCAGUGGGAUCAUGGAUGAGCGGAUAUGCUGCGCUGGCACAGGCUGUCUCAGCGUCAUGGGAAAAGACUCCUCCUGGAUUGUGGAAAGUGAGACCAACAGCUCAGUAAAACUGCAACACCAGAGACUAGGCUGCAACUCGGCAGUGUCCCCCAGCUUCCAGCAGCACUGCGUUGCUACGUUGGCAACAAAAGCUUCUUCUCAAUAACUUGCCAAUGCCAUGGACUGAGAGAAAGCCACAGGGGUACAAUUUGUGGUCCCAGAACCAGAUCAGACUAUAAUUAUUCUAUUGCAAAAAAUGAAAAGAAAAACAAAACAAAACAAAAAACAAAACACAAACCACAAUACAAAAAAAACCACAAAAUAAAAAAACCCUUCAAUUUGAUUUAGCAUGAUGUGCUGAUGAAAUGGACUGAAGAUGGAGGGGGAAAAGGUGAUUCAGAUCCAUUUUGUCAGAUUCCAGUUGCAAAUCUGUAGUAAGUUUACACACACGUGGGUUUUAACACUAGUCCUUUCAUUGUGGGAGGGUUGCUCUUUCAUUUCUAUUGUUCUUUGUAAUCACUGGUGACCAGCAUUUUAAAAUCGGACCUCAUGGUAUCAAGAAGAUAAUAAUGUUGAAAUGCAGUGUCUGAAUGUAACAGUGCUAGAGAUUUUUGCCUAAAAUAUUCCCUGAUCCCUUUUUCUAGGUAGGCUGUUGCAAAAGAAAGCUAAAACGACUUCAGUAUCGUUAAACCAAAUCUCCUGAAACAUUGACCAGUCAAGAUGUUGACAGGUAGCUUGCUGUGAAGCUGUGGCACUUUGAGUGGGACAGGGCAGACUGGCUGUUCAGGGUGCAGAACCAAGCUGACCACCCCAGUUCCAGAUUUGCAGUUCUUCUCCCAGGCAAGCAGCUUCUUGCCACGCUUGCCAACAGUGGCACGUUUGAUCCAGACAGGGUGCUGAUAGGUUGAGUGAUUCAGUAGAUUAAAUAUCAUCCUUUCAAUUGUCUGCUAGUGGUGAAAUCCUAGAGGAGUUAAGAGAAGCAGCUCAUCUUUUAGUAGAGUGUUUAAUUCUCUCUCUAUUGCACUUGUGAGGACUCUGGGACAGCUCUGCAAAAAGGCUGGCGAAGAGAGCCAGGCGUUUUCCUUGGAGCUGUGCACCUGAUGUGAAGGUAACACAGGUGCUGCCUUCCACAGAUCCAUGCUGCUGCGCAUUUUUAUUUUUUUUUAAUUUUGCAAAUUAAAUAAAAGCAGAAUUGUGUACCUUUGUAUGAGGUAGAUGUCAUGACAGCUCCGGCUUAGAGACCACGUUAUUUUGUUGCAAACUGCCAGCCAAGGCCAUGGGGUGAUUUACAGUAGUAGUGUUUUAUACUGUUUGUAAACUAUAGCACAGCCAAAUUGUGUCUUUUGAGAUACACAGUAAACUUACAGUGUUCCCCCUCUAUUGCAUCUUCUAGCGUGGCAGCAUCUUCCACUCUUGAGAAUUCCUGAAUCUUUUGCCAAUUCUGAACACUAAACUGGAAAUACCCAAGUAUGUCAGCGCUGAGAACAGACACUAUUUUGGUAGACAGAGUGGCCUUUGCUUUGCCAUAUAAGCCCUAAAUUACAUUUAAGAGUUGUGGUGUUAAGAAAAUUUCCUUAGUUGAGCUCCUAGCUUGCAGAUAUGGGAAAUUCUGUCUUUCUGUAGCAGGCAUUUGUAAGGCAUCCGUCACUGCAGCAUUUAAUACCAGUUUGUUUAGUAGCAUGUGUUAGAUAUCUACUGAAAAGGAAAGGAGCUAGAGCUUAAAGCUCAGGUAGACUGUGGAGAGAGGAGUAAACUGCAUAAAAGAUGUCACCACCCUACCUGAUGCUACCAAUCCUGAAGGGGAAGAAGUUUUGAAGAGUGUUGUGUGGCAGUUUUUUGUAUAAACUUUUCCAUAGGAAAGAUAGGGUUUGUUCCCAAAAUGCCGUUCUUGGGAAUUUCCUGUAGCCAGGAUUGGAUUUUUGAGGAUGAUUUAAGUAGAGAUUAUUCCACCUCCAGAGGCGUCACUAACUUUAACAUAUUCCUACAGGGACUGGAAGGACCUUAUGAGUGUGGUAUGUGUCAGAUGCCAGGGUGCACAUAAAUGCAGCCAACUUCCUAGACUUGCAGGUCAGCUCUGAGCUGGGCACUGUUCACAACCCUUGUAUGCUUUGAGGCUGCUGGAUCCCACAUUGUCUGCAGCUUGCAGGUCUCAAGUGGUCGUGGUGUGAGUGAAUCAGGUGUACAUAGGUAAGGGUUUAGAAAAGUAUUCAUGAUAGACCAAACCUUUCGUAAAGCCAUGACUGAAAUAAAAUUGACAUCUACAGUUUGAGGUUUGUUUUUGUUUGUUUGAAAUAAAAAGUGUUUUUAUGUUACAUGUGUAACAAAAGAUACCCUCAGGAAGGAACUUGCCAGUGCAUAUUUUUGUAUGGUACUUUCUUGUAACCAGCUGGUGGAGUGUUUGUAGACUUGCCUUUUGCCUUUUGCUCCCUUUAUUACAAUGGCUUGGGGUUGUUAUUUUUUUGCUUUGUUUGUUUUGUUUUGGUUUUUUUAUUGGGUGAUGGGGAAGAAGCAAUGAUGUUAAACUGGGUUAGAAACUCAUGUCCUUUCAAACUAAGUAUGUUUACAUGAAUCUGAGUGUUGGAUCCAAUGGAAAUGUCUGUAUGCUGUUUCCUAGUUAGAACAUCAAAUAAGAAUUUUAUUUUCCUGGCUGCCUUCUGAAUUUUGGUUGGCCUAUUUUGCACUGCUUUAUUUCUCCAAAAUAAACUACUGAAAUUUAAUUGUGCAUUUUAAACUUGUUUACAAAUUAUUGUUAGAAGUUUGUUUUGUAAUUCUCUGAAGGCUUGCAGAAAUACUAUAUUUAAAUAUUACUCCAGACCUUGGCAGUAAACAGAAAACAAGUUUAGGUCAUUGAUGUGAUUAGUGACAUUUUCCCAUAGCCUGUAAUUUAUUUUUUAUUUAUCAGAUGUAUCAAUAUCACUUUAAUUUACCAGGUGCAGAUAUUCAGGUACCUGUUAUGAUGUGGCAUUACAAUAGAGUUUUAACAAAAAUUACCAUGCAAUUGCUGUACUACUCUAUUUCCUUACAUGAAUUACUGUUUUGGCUCGUAUACUAGAAUGUUGCUAAAUCAGAGGGGCAAAUUGAGAGACCAACUUUUAAAAGCCAAAACUGUAAACUACCAAGUAUCCAGACAUACCUUAUUGCAGAACAUUUGAAGAUGCUUAAAUUAUUAAGCUAAAGUGCUUUUCUGAAUUGCUGCCUUGUUUGGUGAGUUCAGGAUAGUUUUGAUGUAAGAUAAGCUUCACAGUAAGUUAGUUAAUAUUUUGUAGCCUUGUAUUUUUUUGUAGAAGAGUCGAAUAGUAUCAGACCAUACCAGAAUGCCCUUGCUCUUAAAAUUGCAGACAAUCUGAGGGAGAUUUUUCAUAAUUUCUGUUUGAAUUCUGUUAUGAUGGGUUAGAAAAGGUUCUGAUCUGAUUUCAGAGGCAUAGCUAUUAUUGCUGUGUUGAUGGGAGCAAUUAUAUUAAAAUUACAUGGUCACCAGUUAAUUUCUUUAGGGAUCUAUUUCUGUUCUGCUUCACUGCUAGAAAUCCACAAGCGUGCCAUUAGCUUGGCUGGGACUUCUCCAGAUUUUGUGUCUGUGUGAUGGAGAUGGGUCUCUGGUUUCCACUGUAGUUAUGUAAUCAGCUUCAGUAGGUAAAGAUUUUUCCCUCUUGAAGAGAACUUGAGUGGUAUUAUUACUGCCUGCAAUGCAAAGUUUUCGCUGUCCUGCCUCUCUAGCAGACUUUGCUGCCUUAUGCCUGGGUAUGUAGCAACUGCACCAGAACCUCCCCAUCACUCAGUGAAAACCAGCUGCAGGAAUGCAGCCUAACUGGGAGCACUGGUGCUGGCACCUGUGGUGUGUGCAGCACAGAGCUGCCACUGGGCCAGUGCUGCUUUGCCUUUGGUUAACCCCUUGUCUGGCUAUUCAACCUCUGUGCUGUAAGAGCCAGGCUGGUCAGUAGAUAGGGUGUAUUUUUUCAUAAAUACUGUUCAGGCUGUUGGAAUGGUAAGGCUGCUUAAAGAUCGCCAUCCUCAACGUGUCAGUUUGUGUGAGGAGGUCGCAGCAGGUUGCUAAGGUGGAAAACCACCAGUUUAACUUGGUUUCAUCAUAGAUGAGAGAGUACAAAUUAAGAACUUGUCCCUGAGGCUUCAUGAAGUAAUGUAGAUUGCUCAAGAUAAAGCCUGAAGUUCUGCAGGUAACUGCGGGCUGUAUGCAGCCAGUUGGAGCAGUGGGUAGGUAACAUAGGCAGGACACAGUCCAAAGGCAACAGAAUACAUGGGGGCAGAGGUGCUUAAAUUGGCUGGCAAAAAAGAGUGAAACAAAGGAAAAAUGCUUCUGUUGUUUCCAUCUGGUAAAAAACAUCCAGGCUUAUCAGUUCUUAGACUAACACUGGUUUCCCAAAGACUUUGCAUGGCAGCAGUGACAAGUGAAUCAGGCUUUUUCUCACUAGCUUACAGCCUUACCUUCCACAGCUGUGCAGAAAAUCCUGGAUUUUGUUUUUUUGAUGAAUAGAGUCUAUUUUGAGUGUGUAGCAGUCUCCUCAUGUGCAUAGUUCCAGAAGUUCACUUGCAUUACCCUGCUAAUUUUAUUUUCCUCUCUCCUUUUUAGUAAGAGAUGUGUUGAUUUCUGUAUCCAGUAUACAAUUACUUUAUGGUGUUGCAACUGUGUGUUUUGUAAUUAGGAGUAUGUGAAAAUGCUUUGUGUAGUUUAAAAUAUUUCCUUUAAUAUAAUCUCCUCUUGCUUUCAUCGAUAGAUACAGCACUGCAGAUCACAUUGCUGAUUUUAUUUGUAAUACUGCUUUAAUAUCUAUUUCAGAGGAAUGUAACCUCCAGAAAAGUACUUUCCACAUCUUCGCUAUCUUUCCUUUCCCUUUUCAGUCUGAGUGAGUCCAGGCCAUCAACACUUGAGCUUUUGACUGAAUGGGUUUCAGAUCCUCCUUGGAUUCUGUCCUGUUUACAUGGCCACAAAAAUUACUAAAGAUUGUUGAAGUUUGUGAGGAUCCAGGUAUAAAUGGAGAUUUUAGAGUGAUUCCUGAACAAUGCAAGCAGAAUAGCUUCUAUAGCAAAGUAAAGGCUCCGAAUCAUUCUCUCUAUGCACACAGGUGGCUGUUGGAGUCUGGUCCACCUCAGCUGCUGGGGCAGUUUUCCUGUGGAAAGAAAAAAAUCCACUGCAAGAAAACAUUUUGUGUCUGUGAUGCAGAAGGAGGAUGAGGAAAGGUAGCACUUGGGAGUAAGAUCCUGGCCAGUGGACAUCGUGAUACCAGUGGUCCAGAAUUGCAUUCUAGUGUUUUUUAAUAGCAAUCUGGGGAGAUUUUUUCUUUUUCUCUCCACCUUUCUUAUCCGGAAUCCAGUGGGGCUGAUGCCAGCAGAUGCUUGAGGGCCACAUGAGCUCAUGAGCAGGUGACCUCGCCCAGCAUGUCAUGAGUUUGCAGAGGGCUCCCAAUGUGUUGGGAAGUUUUUGUUGAUGGCCUGGAAAUCUCUUGAAACUCCAGAAAUAGCUGAAACAGUGAAUGGAGUUCAUGAAAAUCAGGUCUUCCUCUUCCAUCCUUUUUAAGGAAACACACCUUUUAUUUCCUCUUUCAUUCUUUACACAGUAGUUUUUAGAUAUAAAUUAUUUUAACAUUUUUGUGUGAAAAGUCAUAUAUACAUAUAUAAAGUUAUUAAAAGGUUGAAUAUAUGUUGAAUUUAAAACAGUGACUUCUUUGUUUCAGAUGUUAGCAGCCCCUAAAAAUGAGUUAUCAUCUUGUAAAGUCAGUGCUGUAAGAAAAAAUAUUAAACAUAAAAUAUGUAUUAGAUGUAUCUUUUAUUAUUUAUUUCUGAUUCAGUAUUCUAUACAGCUUGUGUGUACCCUUGUGAGAACCACAUCCUAAAAUGCAGUCAUUCUUAAAAUGGAGUAAGAACAGUUCCUUGAGAUCCCAACAAUUUUGAGAAAACUGGCCCUCCAAGUGUGAAUAGUGUUGGAUAUUGUCCUUCACUCUCCAACAUUCCUCCCUACCUAAGCAUGGGUGAAUCUGGGGGACCAUUCUGUGUAUGUGCUAAGUUUCACAAAUUCAGUGGUAACUGUGUCCAAAUCCAGCUGUACAGUGUUAACAAAUGUGUCUUGUGGUUCGCUUCAGCCCAGUUCACUAUGACUUCUGAAAAAUAAUGCCCAUUUUGUACUUAAAUUUGUAUAGAAUGACAUAAACCCUUAAAAGAUUGUGGCUUACUGUAAAAACCAAAAAUACGUGCUAUUUUGCCUCUUACUUCGAUUGCAUGACUGAUCGGAUCUGACAAUGAAGAUGGUGCUUUCAUCUAACAGCAUUUAUUUCAGUAUUCCUUUUCUUUUCAGUUGCCAAGCACCUGUUUUAGACAAUGUUUUGGUUUCAACAGUAAAGCAAUAUGCAGUAGGUAUUGUGGCAUUAUCUCUGUAAUUGUUUUGAAGACACAAUUGUCCCUUUCCAACACGUAAUGGAAAUAAAUGCCUUAUAACAA